AAAUAAUAAGAUAAUUUUGUGCCAUAUUUAUUAGUUGACUUUUUUAAAAAAAAAAUAUAGAUAUUUAUUUUUUCUAACAAAUAAUGGCAACUAAUUUAGAACUUUUUUGUGACUCAUUUUAUUUGACCCAAACAUCUUUUUUUUUUUGCCCCCAAUACAAAAGUUUCACUGAUUUUGAGAGGAAUAUAAGGCAAUGUUUCUUGCAAGUGCAAUAAAUAUUUAUCUGUAAUAAAACAUAAAUGCAUUUGUCUCAUUGCAUUAUUUUCUCAUAAUGUGAUUAUUAUUCAUACUUUUUGGAUUCAGCCAUUAGGACAGUACUGUACAUUUCUUUUCAUUGAUAUUAAAUGAAACCCUGCAAACAUCAGGCUCUGAGACACCAUUAAAGUGCCUGAGGUUGUUAUUAAGAGCCGUUAUAAUAUCAGGCAUGUGUAUUUAUUUAGAGUACCGAAGAACUGUUCUCAUAUCAAUAGGUUGAAAUGCAAAAAACAGAACAAUUUUAACAUAUCGCUUCCUGGUGAAAUUUAACACCAGGCAAACAUACUGUAAAUAGAUGAAUAAUAAAAGAGUAAUCCAUUAACAAGACUCUCCUCCUCUAAAAAAAAAAAAAAAAGAAAAAUGUGUUGUCAGACUCAGCAUUUACAUUAAAAAGAGCAGGAAUGUGUUAACAUCAAAAUGUGUAAAUUAUAAGUGGUCCAUUUGAGAUAUUUUGCUUUUCUAAGUACUAUACGCAUGUUUUCUGAGCAACAUAGUAAGUAAAGCACAUCUGUUUAUGGUGGGUAAGAUAAUAGACAUGCAGCAGCCUUUUAAUAACGUGCAGAUAUAUUCAGAUUUUUUAUGAAACAUCUGGGUCACUUAAUCCACUGUAAUUUUAAGAUGAAUUAUGUUCUUCUUUGCUCUAACAGUAAUUGGUAGACUAUAACAUACAUACAAAUAAAAAACAACAACAAUACAAUUACAGAAGAAUUUGUAGGUCAAAAUGAAUAGAUAUAUAGCAACAUGAAAACUGAUUCAUUUGAUAAAGUAUGCCAGUUUUGGACUUUUGUUCUGAGAUAAACAGCAUUCAUUAUACUUUAUUAUAUAUAAGUUAAUUUGAUGGGUUCGAUGUGCAACAUCCAAAUAUCUUGUUCAGAUAUUGUUCAGAUUUCCAUAAUAUGUUAAUUGUUUAAACAGCACUUUGUGAAUUACGGCCAUAAAACCUGGUUUGACUGUUUAUUAAUUGAUUUAAUAUGUAAUCAUAUCAGGGCAUGGCAAUAAAAAUGAACAUAUCUAAAUGUAAACAUCAAUGUUGAUGUGUUGAAUGAGCAUGUCGAGUGUUUUAUUACUAUAUGAUUUGAGUGACAGGGUGUUUUUUUUUUUUUUUUUUUGUGGUGUGGGGGGUGAACGGUGACAUUGUCCCCCUUCGCUGUCACGUGCUGUGGAAUAUGCUGGCUGCCUUUGUCAGCCUGUGACUCGUUCUGCUUUUCUGGCAGUUUCAUACAAUGGUGCCCUCAUGCACUAUGAUGUUAUCAAGCCCCUCACAGUGCGACUGCUGGAACUCAGGCCUGCAUGCAAGCAUCCUUACCUGGGACACAUGGAUAGCACAACCUUGAGACACAGCAAGCGCUCAUAGCAGGGAGGACUCAAAGGAGGAGUCAAAUAUCAGGAUGUCUCUCAGAACAGAGGGGGCCCAGUGUGCUGGUGUUGCUGUGGAGUUUGACGAUGAUAAUGACAGAGAUUCACCUGUGAUCAAAGCCAGGAAUAUACCACAAUCAGCCCUCAUCUACCUCAAGGGCCCCAAGUUCCUCAUCUAUGUGAGCGGAGCGUUAUCUAUGUGGGGUGAUCGCAUGUGGCAUUUCGCCAUCUCUGUCUUCCUGAUUGAGCUGUAUGGGCAUAACCUGCUGUUAACUGGCAUCUUUGGACUGGUGGUGGCCGGAUCGGUGCUCUUAUUAGGGGCUUUGAUUGGAGACUGGGUUGACCGCAACCCGAGAAACAAAGUGGCCCACGCAUCCCUAUUCAUUCAGAAUAUCUCAGUGACCAUCUGCAGCAUUGUGCUCAUGUUGGUGUUCUCAUACAAAAAGUGGAUUGAGGAAAUCUGGGAUGGGUGGCUAACUGUGGUUUGUUAUACGGUGGUGAUCGUCCUGGCAGAUGUGGCGAACCUCGCCAGCACAGCUCUCACCAUUGCCAUCCAGAGAGAUUGGAUAGUGGUGAUCACAGGCUACAACCGUGGUCAUCUCGCAGGAAUGAAUGCUACAAUGAGGCGGAUCGAUCAGGUGACCAACAUCCUGGCUCCACUGGCGGUGGGUCAGGUAAUGACCCUGGCCUCUAAUGUGGUUGGCUGUGGCUUCAUCUUAGGAUGGAAUCUGGUGUCCCUCAUUGUAGAGUUCAUCUUCCUCUCCAGAGUCUACCGGAUUGUGCCAGCGCUGUCCGCCAAACCACCAGCUAUGGAACAUCAAAGCUAUUUAGAGAAGAAAAGAGAGAGAAAACGCUCACAAGGUAAUACAAGAUUCAAACCCAUAAAAUAUGAUCUAUAUUUAAAGUUCCACUCAGUAGAAAGCACCAGCUUGCAUUUACAAGAAAUAAGCCGAAUCCCAGUGUGCCUCCAUCGGCUGCGUGGGCUCCUCAGCACCUGCCGGGAAGGAUGGAGGGCGUAUUACAGACAGCCUGUUUUCUUCGCCGGCCUGGGCCUGGCCUUCCUUUACACCACAGUGCUGGGCUUUGACUGCAUCACCACCGGCUACGCCUACACCCAGGGCAUCAGUGGCUCGCUGCUCAGCCUUCUGAUGGGUGUGUCGGCUGUGGCGGGGCUUCUGGGUACUGUGCUUUUCACAAAGCUGCGCAAAGCAUGUGGCCUGGUCAACACAGGGGUCAUUUCCAGUGCUCUGCACCUAGUUUGCCUGUUGCUUUGUUUGUGGUCCGUGUUUGCCCCCGGUAGCCCCAUGGACCUCAGCAUACUAAAUCUGGGGAAUGCAUCAGAUGUGGGAGGGAUGACCGGAGGUCACCAGAGGCACGGAUACCCACUGCGUGGAGGCAGCAACCAGCCUCUGCUGCCAGACCGUUCCUCCAUUCACUGGACCAAUAGCACUGUGCUGUUUGAGAACGCACCAGCAGGGACUGAACCAGAGUCUUACGUCUCUAUCAUCCUGCUGUUCCUUGGAGUCAUUACAGCUCGAGUUGGUCUCUGGUCCUUUGACCUGACAGUGACUCAGCUCUUGCAGGAGACCAUUAGUGAAUCAGAGCGGGGGGUGGUGAAUGGAGUCCAGAGCUCCAUGAACUACCUGAUGGACCUGCUGCACUUCAUCAUGGUCAUCUCUGCACCCCAGCCACAACACUUCGGCAUCCUUGUCAUCAUCUCCAUCCUGUUCAUUUUCACGGGACACACCAUGUACUUCCUGUAUGCCAGGAAAAUCAAGAGGAAACCACGUACAAACACAUAAGCAACACAAAUCUCUCUUGUGAGUGUGUCUCAAUCCCUGCGCUGCGCCAUGUGUUAAGAUUCACUUACACAAAACGCACUGUAUCCAGCUCAGUGCAUUGAAAAAAGCUGUCGCCGUGAUCUCUUCGGAAGAAAGAAAGGGUGGCAGCGGCGUAGUACUCAGGUGAACAUAAUCAGGAAACAGCGCCUCCUGUUGACAGUCAAAAGAAACACCAUCAUAAUAAACUUCGUACAGCCAAGCUUUCCUGGUUGUUAAUAAGUGUCUUAAAAUGCACACUAUUACAACAAGUACAUGACUGAACAUAGCUGACACAACAUGUUCUCAUGGAUUAUUAGCUAAGUAAACACCUUUUUUGUAAAUCUUCUCACAUUUGUCAGCUAAACAGAAACCGGUUUUUGAUAAAACGCCAGUAAAUGUCUUCUUUUUUCCAAGAUUACUUUUGAAAAAUUGGUACUUAGCACACAAACUACAAAUCUCGUCCAACAGACAAAAGCUGCUUUUAACAGCAUGUUAAGGGGAAUAGCUCUUUUUAUUAUUUGUGCUUUUGACUGACUGAUUAAUCUUUUAGUUUUAUCCCUAACUUUUCAAGUGAAAAAUUAGUGAGUUUUAACAAGACCGUGGACUGUAUCUGUUCACCAUUUAUAUAAGUAUUACGUCAAGGUCUUUUAAUUGACUACUUUAACUGAGUGUUACUUUUGAGUUCAAAGUGGAUGAAGACAGAAUCUUAUACCUCAGCACUUAACUGUUACGUUCUGAACUCUAGCUUGAACUUAUUUGUGGAUAGUAACUACAGAAGUAAUGGUUAACAUAUAUGUACAGUACUCAGACCGCAUUGCAUCUGUUUCAAUUGUGCUAAUAAUCUAGUUUAUGGAUUAUGAAGCAUAUUUUAUUUCUCAGAUUAUUUUUUACUGCAGAUGUGUUAUGUUAAAUGUUGUUUGAGGAUCAUUUAAGUGUCAAACAGUGUAGUGACAACCAAUAAAACCACUUUCAGAAGGAAUGCCUGUUGAAAUAAAUACUAAAUGUGG